AUGGAGAAAAGAUCAGAGGUUUGGGAUCAUUUUACUCCGUUCUUAGAUAACAAUAAGAAACAGAGAGCUAAGGGUGUGCAUUGUGGGAAAACAUUUUAUGGAGAAUCUAAGAAUGGCACUUCAUCACUUAAAGAACAUUUGAGUAAAUACAAUAAAGUUUCAACUACAGGUCCUAGGCAAACACAGUUGGUGUUACAAUCUGGUCAAAGCUCAUCCCUUAAUAAUUGGAAUUUUGAGCAAGAAGAGGUUAGGAAAGCUUUAGCUUAUAUGAUCAUUGUGGUUGAGUUGCCUUUUAAGUUUGUUGAAGGGGAGGGUUUUAAAUACUUUUGUUUGAAGUCAUGUUCUCAGUUUAAGAUUCCAUCUAGAUGUCAUAAAGGUAUAGAUAUUGGUUUGGAAAUUGAGAAAUGCUUGCAUGAUUGGGGAAUCAAUAGGGUGUUCACCAUUACUGUUGAUUAUGCUUCUUCGAAUAAUACUGCAUUUGUUUAUUUGAAAAGAACUAUUAGGAAAUGGGGGGAAAGUGUUGGAAAUUGUGACUAUAUGCAUAUGAGGUGCAUUGCUCAUAUAUUGAAUUUAGUGGUGCAAAAAGGCUUGAAAGAGAUUGGGCCUUCGGUGAAGAAAUUCAGAAAUGUUGUUCGGUUUAUUAAACACUCACCUACUAGGUUGGGCAAAUUUAAGGAGUGUUGUGAACUAGAAAAAAUAUCUAGUAAGAGCAUGUUGUGCUUAGAUGUUGCUACUCGAUGGAACUCAACAUUCUUCAUGUUGGAAGCUGCAACAACAUUUGAGAAAGCUUUCUAUAGGUAUGAGUUGAUAGACUCAUCAUAUAAAAAUGAUCUUGAAGCAAAGCAAAAAGAUCUUGAAGUUGAUGAUGAUGAGGAGGAGGAUGAGGAUGUGGAUGUGGAUGGAGAUAGCGUUCAGGGGGUGCAGAAGAUUGGAGGAAAGCAAAAUUAA